ACAUGCUAAUUUUUAACAAUUUAGGAUGUAUAUAUAAGUGUAAAGCUAGUGGAACUAUGAGGAAUUUAAGCGCUAUUCCCCCCAUAUAUUAAUGGGAAACCAGAGUUCGUUACGCAUCCCCCUGGCAUCGACCAAAAAUCGCCAAAUGCCGAUAAAAUUUUUGUUCCGCUGCUUCGUUCGCGCCGCCCAUUUAUCGAUGAGCCAAAGACGUGGCCCUGCUCUCUUCUCAGCGCUGUCAACGAUGGCGAUAGCGGGCCCCACCCUCUCCCUUGUUCGUUGCCCUUGCCUCCAUUCGGCAUCCACCUCUUUUUACAAUCUCCUUCAAAAAUAUUCAAAAUGUUAUGCGUUGAAGAAUUAGAAGAAGACUCCGCUGGUUGGUGAGUGGGAGAUGGUCCGACAGUCGCCGCGUAAAGGUAGCUUUGUUUUGUUUGUCCAUGGGAGGAAUCAACCGCACUUUUCAUAGUUCAAAGAAAGAUAAAGGCAACGACUCAUCCUAUUUCCCUAGUUUAUAAGCUAAUUUUUGCUAGUCUUAUUUGUCCUCUUGAUUAAUUACCUUUUAUAUAUUGUUUAUAAAAGGCAACGACGCAUCCUAUUCUCCAAAAUUUCUCGUGAAGGGGCGCUAUGAAAGCUUUGGCGCCUGUGACUUUUAAAUCUCUGAAUCUCAAUAUUUCAUCUGCAUCUCCAGCUGCAACAGCUUCGUUCUUUUCUCUGGUCAGCAUAAUACUUGUUGUCAUUCUUAUAAUCCUGGUAGCUAUCUUAUGGAAACAUAUGAAACCAGACACACUACAGAAGUUAUUCAAGUUCACUAAACAACUUCCAGGUCCAGAUUACUGUAGCGGUAAUCUCCGAGCCAUUAACUACUUGGACUUCCGAACUCUGAAGAGAGCAACAAAUAAUUUCCAUCCAAAUAACCAGCUUGGUAGUGGGGGGUUUGGGCCAGUUUAUCAGGGAGUGUUGGAUGAUGGGACAGUGAUUGCAGUGAAGCAGUUAUCCCUUGGAAAAUCUCGGCAAGGGGAGUCUGAAUUUCUCACUGAAGUAAGGAUGAUAACCAGCAUCCAGCACAAGAAUCUUGUUCGCCUCGUUGGCUGCUGCUCUGAGGGUGCACAAAGGCUACUUGUGUAUGAAUACAUGAAGAAUAAAAGUUUGGACAGUAUACUAUAUGGAAGCCAUGCAAUUUUUCUCAACUGGAAGAUCCGGUUUCAGAUAAUUCUUGGCAUAGCUAGGGGCUUACAGUACCUGCAUGAAGACUCAAAUUUAAGGAUUGUUCAUAGAGAUAUCAAAGCCAGUAAUAUCCUCCUAGAUGAUAAAUUUCAACCUAAAAUUGGUGAUUUUGGGUUGGCCAGGUUCUUCCCAGAAGACCAAGCAUAUCUCAGCACAACAUUUGCUGGGACACUAGGUUACACUGCACCAGAAUAUGCUAUCAGAGGAGAGCUAUCAGAAAAGGCAGACAUCUACAGUUUUGGUGUUCUAGUGCUCGAGAUCAUUAGCUCUAGAAAGAACACAGACCUCUCGCUUUCUGCUGAGAUGCAGUACCUUCCAGAAUAUGCAUGGAGACUAUAUGAAAAAUCGAACGUAAUUGAUUUGGUUGAUCCUAAACUACAAGCCGAUGGAAUAUUCGAAGCUGACGUGCUUAAAACUUGUCAAGUAGCUUUUCUUUGUCUCCAACCACUUCCUACCGCAAGGCCACCAAUGUCGGAGGUAGUCGCCAUGUUAAUCCAAAAGAGUGAAGGAAUGCAAUCUCCGAUGAGGCCAGCAUUCUUGAAUCGAAAGAACCAAACCCACAGAAUGUUCUCAUGGGAGAGUUUAUCAGAGCAGCAUCCUUCACCAAUGCGAAGCGACUCAACUAGCUUUCCUCAAGCCACCGACAAAUCUCUAGAGAGUGAAUCCAAUCUCCCUUCAUUGUUACGAAAGUUCACCAGCUUUCCUCAAACCGAUGAAAAGCCAUGAGCAAGCCCAGUUCGCGGUGAUUCCCCUGCCUUUUCUCCAACUGUGGAGUCCAGAGAGAAUGCUAUUCAGAGUAAAGUUCUGCAAUGAGGAUGCAGCAUUUGUGGUUGAACUGAGGGUGCUACAAAUGUGUAUUCUCAAGGUAUACAUCCUCAGACGUCAAAGAUUGUCGAUUGUAUGCUGGUAUUGGUUUUUGCAGGGAGAGAAUAAUUGAUGAACGCUGUAGUUUUAAUUAAUGGAUAAAAAACUUCAAGAUGAUGGUUAUAUUGACAAUAUGUAAUUGAUAUUAUAUAUGCAGUCACGAAGAGAGGUACUGGUUA